AUGCGCACUUUACUGCGCGCUGCUACUACUGCCGCCGAUAAUACAUGCAACUCAGCUGAUCCUGAGCCUGCUACCGAUAAGAUGGAGUCCACCGAUAUGGAUGAAGUCCCUCACCCUGCCGAUGAUGCCAUGGAAGAUGUUUUGGAGGUGACACGGCGAAAAGUCAUCAAGGCGCCAUUGUUCAGUCUUCUGAUGAAGUGUUUGAGCAUGUGUCAACAAAAUCCGCCGCCUUGCUCAUCAAUUCUCCCAUUCUUAUGGGGCAAUAUGGCAUUACUGGGCCUUAGUAGAUUCAGGAGCUGA